GAUAGACCGUGCACUACCAAAUCUUAUUAAUACCUCCUCGGAGGCUUCGAACCAAUCACCUCCUCCUUCCACAGCAAACUUCCCUAUUUGCAAAUCCAACCCAAUACCUACUACCCGCGCGUCGUGGCACCCACCAUUAGUGUCAAAACCCCAACCAAACAUAUCAACGACGCCUCCUCGGCCACCGCGCGCCCGUCCGCCGGUGGCAAUGCAUGGGCACGGCAUGGCUCACUUCAUGCUCUUACCGGCUCUAGCGCUGGUGAUGGUUGCCUCCGCGUGGCUGACCCCGGCCGCCCUUGGGGACCCGCAGGCCACGCAGCUCAACCUGGGUUGCAGCCCGUACAACGCCACGCCCGCGUCCGCCUUCCUCCUCGCCCUCAACUCCACCUUUGCCGACCUGCGCGCCAACCUCUCAGCUGGCGGCGGCUUCGCCACCGCAGCGGAGCCGCGCGCCGCCGCCCCGGCGUUCGCGAUGGCGCAGUGCCGCCCGUACGUCGCGGGCCGAGACUGCGUCGCCUGCUUCGACGCAGCCGCCGCGCGCCUCCGCGGCGCGUGCGGCGGCGCCAACGGCGCUCGUGUCAUAUUCGACGGCUGCGUCAUCCGCUACGAGAGCACGGCCUUCUUCGACCAGGCCACGCUCCCGGGAAACACGCAGAUCUGCAACGGGUCCGCCGUGGACGUCGCCGGCUUCGCCGACGCGGCGCGAGCACUGGUUUCCGAUCUUGCGGCCGCCGUCCCUAACGCACCAGGGCUCGCCGCGGCGUCCGCGAGCGGCGGCGUGUACGCGGCGGCGCAGUGUGUGGAGACGGUUGGGGACAGCGGCUGCGCGCAGUGCCUCAAGGUGGCGAUGGGGAACAUCGACGGGUGCCCGCCCAGCUCCGACGGCCGUGCCGUGGACGCCGGCUGCUUCAUGAGAUAUUCCACUAAGCCGUUCUUCCCGGCGAAUGCAACCGUGGACCUCGCCGCGUACUUGCGCUCUGGGAAGAAAUCAAGUCGGAAAGGAGCCAUCAUAGCAGGCAUUAUGGGAGGUGUAGCCUUCCUGAUUUUUAUUGGGCUAUUGAUUUUCUUAUUGAUCCGGUGGUCUAGAAAGUUUAGGCCUCAGAGAGGAGAUAUACUUGGAGCAACAGAAUUACAAGGUCCAACAAGUUUCUACUAUCACGAUCUUAAGACAGCAACCAAUAAUUUCAAUGAGACAAGCAAACUCGGAGAAGGAGGUUUUGGAGAUGUCUAUAAGGGUUUGCUGAAAAAUGGGAAAACAGUUGCAGUAAAAAGGUUGAUAGUAAUGGACACUAGGAAGGCCAAAGCGAAUUUUGAAAGUGAGGUGAAGUUAAUCAGCAAUGUUCAUCACCGGAAUCUUGUCCGGCUUCUUGGUUGCUCUCAGAAGGCCUCUGAGUUCCUACUUGUUUAUGAAUACAUGGCAAAUGGUAGUCUGGACAAGUUCCUCUUUGGCGAGAGACGUGGAACCCUCAAUUGGAAGCAGCGCUUUAACAUUAUUGUUGGCAUGGCACGGGGUCUUGCAUAUCUUCAUCAAGAGUUUCAUGUUUGUAUAAUACACCGGGACAUUAAAUCUAGCAAUGUUCUUCUUGAUGAUGACUUUCAGCCCAAAAUUGCCGAUUUUGGUUUGGCAAGGCUCCUACCUGAUGAUCAUAGUCAUUUGAGCACAAAAUUUGCAGGAACAUUGGGCUACACUGCUCCGGAGUAUGCGAUUCAUGGUCAAUUAUCAGAGAAGGUUGACACUUACAGCUUUGGUGUUGUCGUUUUGGAAAUAUUGAGUGGUCGUAAGAGUAAUGAUACAAAGCUCGAUCCUGAGACGCAGUACCUACUUGAAUGGGCCUGGAAGCUAUAUGAAAGUGACAACAUACUCGCAUUGUUGGACGAAUCACUAGAUCCAGAGGAAUAUAAGCCGGAUGAGGUAAAAAGAAUCAUGGAGAUAGCCCUUCUCUGCACUCAAUCCGCCGUUGCUGCAAGGCCAAUGAUGUCAGAAGUGGUUGUGUUGUUGUUGACAAGAAAUGGUCCGGAGCUCCAGCCCACAAGGCCCACUUUUAUUGACGCAACAAGUAGAGUGAGAGGUGAAACAUCCACCUCCAGCUCGUCCUCUGCCUCCAAGGCUACUGUAUCAGUUUCACAGGUUUCAGGCAGGUAAAAAGCGUUUUGUAUGACUUUCCUUCUUCCUAUGUAACAAUAAUUUUUGUAUCUGUGCAUAUAUGGUACAGAACUACAUAUAUACCAAAAGAAGUAAUGAUUACUUGUCUUGUACAUAUGAGAGAAGUGUAAAAUCAUUUGAAACAUCCAUUUUGUUGCUGUAAGAUUAACUAUAUGCAUAUAUAUAUGAGUAUGUUACACGUA